AUGGUGGCAUUUUGUGCUGGGCACUACUGCUGCUUGCAGCCUGAGCGCCUCGAUGCACAGCACGAGUAUGAUAUUCGAGCGGAUGUGUGGAGUGUUGGAAUUUCGCUGGUUGAACUCGCCAGAGGUGAAUACCCGUAUCGUGGAUGCAACAGUGAAUUCGAAGUGCUGACACGAAUUGUCUCAGAUCCGGCACCAGAGCUCAAAACCGAAGAAGGCUUCUCGCCCUUAUUUUGUGAUUUUGUUAGUCGUUGUCUCACCAAAGAUUACCGCGCUCGACCAAAAUAUAAGGAACUUUUGGAGCACAGUUGGCUCGAGUAUUAUGAAACGGCUAACGUGGAUGUUGCUGCGUGGUAUCAAACCAUCGUUCAAAGUUGA